AGCAUAGAAGAGCGAAUUGCCGAGCGCUCCUGCCAAAGCCCUUCCCUCCUCCGCCACCGACCAGCGCCGCCGCCUCAGACGCCCAUCGACGGCCGCCAUAGACCGGCGACUCCGCGGCAACCGCAGUCGCACUCCACGCCGCGGCCACACUCCACCGACCCCAGCCACCGCAGCAUCGGCUGAGCGCUCGCUGCCACCGCUGCCAGUCCCCGAGCCUGUCACCUCGACGCCGCCAUAGACCGGCGACCCCGUGGCAACGGCAGCCGCAGUUCACGCCGCGUAGCAGUGCCGCCACAAUCGCCGCGGCCACGCUCCGCCGACCCCGGCCACCGCAGCAUCGGCUGAGCGCUCGCCGCCACCGCUGCCAGUCCCCGAGACUUGGAGAUGGAGUAACCCCUAAAUUUGUGAGGUUGAGGCAAGAGGACCCCCACCGAUGCGGAGAUCAUUGGCAAUAUCCUCCCUGGUUGGACGUUUGACUCAAUAUGGAGUGGUUCGUGUCGAGAAACUUGGUUCCAGUUACAGUACAAUGGUCCAGUCUCAUAAAUAUGGACAUUGCACUGGUGGAGCAAAAGAGUCAUCAUUAAAGGAAGAGGGUGAUGCUCAUGCUGCCUUACAUGGUGGGCAGGAAAUAGAAAGAUCACAGAAGCCCAGGAUUGGAGAAAAUGUUUCAAGAAAGGAUCGGUUCAAUUUUCUAGUGAGCACACUUCUUGAUCUGAAGGACAGCAAACAAUCAGUUUAUGGUGCUCUUGAUGCCUGGGUUGCAUGGGAACAAAAUUUUCCUCUUGCUUCGCUUAGGAGGGCAUUGCUUGUUCUUGAGAAAGAACACCAGUGGCAUAGGAUAGUCCAGGUAAUUAAAUGGAUGCUGAGCAAAGGACAGGGAAACACAAUGGGAACAUAUGGAAUGUUAAUCCGGGCUCUAGACAUGGACCAUAGAGCAGAAGAAGCGCACAGAUUUUGGGUGAAGAAAAUUGGUAGUGAUCUACAUUCUGUACCAUGGAGUUUAUGCACCAGCAUGAUAGCGAUCUACUAUCGAAACAAUAUGCUGGAGCAUCUUAUAAAGCUUUUCAAAGGCCUUGAAGCUUUUGAUCGGAAGCCACCAGAGAAGUCAAUAGUUCAGAAAGUGGCAGAUGUAUACGAGGUUUCAGGCCUAGUCGAGGAGAAAACGAGACUUUUAGAGAAAUAUGAUUAUCUUUUCACAGAAUCACACAAAGGAUCCACCAAAUCCACUUCAAAGAAGGGGAAGAAAUCAGGGCAGAGGAAAAAGACAGACCUGCCAUUAUAGUCUUUAAAGAAGACGGGCACAAACAACCAGGAAUAAAGAGAAGAAUGGGAUGCCUUUAGAUGGUUGUGGCAUUUUAAAGCUGAACGUGCCAUCCUUUUCCAGCAUUGCAAUUUACUUCUGCCGAGCAUUUCUUGGUGUCCUUUCUCAUGUGAUAUCCAAUGGCCAAACCUUUUGAUGCUUGUGGUAUUUGGAAGCCUUCUAACAAGAAGAAAAGGAAGACAUGGCGAUGAAAUGGGUUCGGUCUUUUACACACAAGGAAGGUAAUCGAAAAUGGCAUUGAAAUGAUUUUUCCGUCUAUACCAGAAAUUUGCUUGAUCCGGUUUUAGAUAUGAAGUUGAGAAGUAUCAAAGUCGUCUUGAAGCAAGUAUAUUGGUAGAACGAACGUGUUAUGUGGGUACUGUCAUCGACUUACAUCAUUUCAUAGUAAAAUUAGAACCUUCAUCCCUCCGGAGCGGGCGAAGGUCGGUCGCGACAAUUAUGCUUUUUAUUAUAGCAUAUGAGGCGGUUAUGGGAGUGAAUGUAGUCUGCAAUAUUCUAUUUGCCGUUGUCGUUGGAUGUAAAACAGAAAUUUUCUGGCUCAUUAGCAAGUUGUUGGGUUGGGUACAA